CAAAUUCAUCGAGGUUGUUGUAAAGUCACUUUUUAAAAUAUUUAGGUGAUGUACAUUUUGGAGAUUUUGAAUUGGGAUGGAAAAUACAGAAGCAAGCUGAAAUAUGCCAAUGAUUGUGUGAAAAGCCUCAAUUCUCCUGUUUCUGAUAUGAUACGACAAGGAAUCCCAGAGAAAAACCUUUGUUUGUUGUUUUGUGGCGGAUCGAAAUGCAAAUAUUGCAAUCCUUCAUCAUUUUUUGAUGAAACCGAAAUGCACUUAAAUGGAUUAUACUCUACUUGGUAUUCAUAUUCUUACGUAUAAGGUUUAGGAUUACACAAAAUAUACUAGCAACAUCUAGACCAAGUGAAAAACUAAUUGAAGAAUUUGAUAUAAUUGAGCAGUUUAAAAGGUAUAGUGAGUGAUAGCACAGAUUUUUGAAAGGAUGAAUAUUUGCUCCAUUUUUAACAUGCAAACAGCAGGGGAACACAGUAGUUGUGGCUAUGGUGUACUCAGUUCGGGAUUUUCAUAUGACCCAUUAAGCUUCAUGAAAAACAAUAUUUCGUUUUACAAUUUCAGCUGGUAUGUAUUAAUUAUUUAGAUGAACAUAAGGUAAAGGUGUGACUACGAUGUCGCAUCACUUCAGUUUAUUUUGGAUACAGUGACGGUAAUCCAGUUCGCAAUAUUUAAAGGAAAAAUCGCAGUUCACUGUCAUGCAGGACUUGGUUUGUUUAUGUGCAUCUCCACAUAGCUUUUCAGGUAGAACUGGUGUAAUAAUUGCCUGUUAUCUAGUAUUUAAUAACCGCAUCUCCGCUGAAGAAGCAAUACAAUAUGUUAGAUUUCGAAGACCAGGAUCUAUACAAACCCAGAAUCAAGUUGAAUGCAUAUAUAAAUUUGAAAAGUAUUUGUAUCUUUACCGAAUAUAUUUCGGAUCAUACGGACAGUUUAGUUUAGAAGCAUUUCUCAAACGCCAGAACGUUUUAUUGCAUGGACCGGAAAGAAGAAGUCUAAGAAACAUUCCAAAAAUUAUAUACAUGUGUUGCAAACUGCUUGUCAGAAUCAUUGUGACAGGAUGCACAUCAGUACAAAUAGAUUCUUCAAACCAUAGAAAUCGAAUAGUGAGUGAUGAAAACAACUGUCAAUCAACAAAAAAACUUCCCAUAACAAGUGUUACACAACCAGAAGUUUUUACUAGUUGUCAACCAGAUGAAACAACUAAACUGACGAAUGCAACUGUAGAUUGUACAUAUGGAGAGAAUUCCCAAAAUCAAAAUGUAGAUGAUAAUCAGUCUAUUGGCGCAAGCUCGGUUCUUGAAGCUCUGCUUACUACAGAAUAUCCUGAAUCUGUUGUGAAUGAAACGGAAAAUUGGAAAAAAAAAUUCAACAACGAUCCUGAAGCCUGGAAUGAUUUUGACAAAACUUCAUUCAAUCCAUUGGUCCUGGUAAAAUUGAUAGAUGAUUGGUUGACACAUUUAAAGUCUCCAGUGCUUCGAAUGCAAGACUUGCUCAGCUUACAACAAAAUCCUUUAUUCGAAGAAGAUAUAUUAACUUCUCUAGAAAUUUUCGAGAAGCCAGUCGUUUGUUUAAUGAGUUUAUUUGCCAAAUUAAUAACUUAUCUUCAACCUUUAUCUGAACAAAUGGAACAUUUACUAAUAGAACGUGUUUUAAAUUGGUUAUGUCAAAAACAGUCGAAACCUUUAAAUGUUACAACAAAUACAAAGAAAUUCAAUGAACAAUUUAUUAUAUGUUAUCAUACAAGAUUUGAUGAUUUAUUACAAUUAGCUUUUAGAAUAAUGCACUUUUUAAUUGAAUUUGUAAAAUCAAAAUGUACAUUAAUUGAAAGUGUUGAUCUAUGGUUUAAAUCUAUGCCUAUCAGCCAAUAGAUAUAAUAAUUGUAAUGAUAGAAACAUAUUUUCAAAUUAUAAACUUUAUUUGCAACAAAACAGAUGAAAGUAAUAAUUAUUUUAUCGGUGUUAAUAAUUGAUUUACGGAGAAAUUUUUUGCUAGAAAAAAUUAGAUUACUCUAUAAGAUUUCUUUUUGAUUGUGGUCAUUAAUAUAGACUAUUGGAUGUCAAUACUGUUGUCUGAAAGUUAAACGUUUACCUGAAGUUUUGAAGGUCUCAAAUUUGCUCAACAGUGUGGUCAUGUAUGUGAACUGCUGACGAGCCCCAUAUGAGGACAAAAUAGCCCUGCAAUGCUCAUUGGUUUUCAAUAGUUAUCUAACCAAAACCAAUUCGUUAUGUGAAAAUACAAAAUCAUGUAUAAGUUGGAUCAUUUGAUUUUUUUCUUAGAAGUAAAUGUAUUUUGAGUGAAAUAAACUUCAUAAAUACUGGUAAUGUUUCCACCGAAUAAUUGUGACUAAUGGUUUCAUUCGAUGCUGUAUUAUCGAAAAAAGCAUAUCCAUCUCUGAGAGCCGUUAUGAAUAUGCGGAUUUUUAAAACUGUUACCAAGUAAUUUGAUUUCUG